GGAGGGCUCCUGGCGAUGCAGAGACUCAGGGCCUGCAGGGUCCGGCCCUCGUUCCCACGUGCACAGAGGGACGGUCACAGAGUCUCCCACAGAGAAACCAAGCUCUUAACCGGCCGCAGUGUGGGAGGCAGAUGUCCGGAAAGACGGGCCGGAGCGGGCUGGGGCCCUGCUGCGUGUUCUGAAGACGCGAUUCUAGGUGUUGAGUGCAGCGACGGCAGAAGAGUUCGCGUUUGCGUCCGCACCGAUGAGCCAAUAAUUCGUGUCCAGUCCCCAGACGGGGUGAAGCGGAUCACAGCCACCAAGAGAGAAACAGCGGCAGCAUUUUUGAAAAAGGUCGCAAAGGAGUUUGGUUUCCAAAAUAAUGGCUUCUCAGUUUACAUCAAUAGAAACAAGACUGGAGAGAUCACAGCGUCGUCGACCAAAUCCCUCAGUCUGCUCAAAAUCCAGCACGGAGAUCUGCUGUUCCUGUUCCCCUCCGGCCUCGCUGGGCCCUCCUCGGAGAUGGAGACAUCGGCCCCGCUGGGGCUGAAGGCCUGUGGUGCUCCCAGCGUGGUGGAGGACGAGAUCGACCAGUACCUCAGCAAGCAGGACGGGAAGAUUUACAGAAGCCGCGACCCGCAGCUGUGCCGACACGGCCCCCUGGGGAAAUGCGUGCACUGUGUUCCGCUAGAGCCGUUUGACGAGGACUACCUGAACCAUCUCGAACCUCCUGUGAAGCACAUGUCCUUCCACGCCUACAUCCGCAAGCUGACCGGGGGGGCCGACAAGGGGAAGUUUGUCGCCCUGGAGAACAUCAGUUGCAAGAUUAAAUCAGGGUGCGAGGGUCACCUUCCGUGGCCUAACGGCAUCUGCACCAAGUGCCAGCCGAGUGCCAUCACACUCAACAGACAGAAAUACAGACACGUGGACAAUAUCAUGUUUGAGAACCACACGGUUGCCGAUCGCUUCCUUGACUUCUGGAGGAAGACCGGGAACCAGCAUUUCGGGUAUCUGUACGGACGGUAUACCGAGCACAAAGACAUUCCUCUCGGCAUCAGGGCCGAAGUAGCCGCCAUUUACGAGCCUCCGCAGAUUGGCACACAGAACAGCCUGGAGCUUCUGGAAGACCCGAAAGCCGAGGUGGUGGAUGAAAUUGCUGCCAAGCUUGGCCUGAGGAAGGUUGGCUGGAUAUUUACAGACCUCGUCUCAGAAGACACCCGGAAGGGCACCGUCAGAUACAGCCGCAAUAAGGACACCUAUUUCCUGAGUUCGGAAGAAUGUAUCACUGCAGGAGACUUCCAGAAUAAGCACCCUAACAUAUGUCGACUCUCUCCAGACGGACAUUUCGGCUCCAAGUUCGUCACUGCGGUGGCUACAGGUGGUCCCGACAACCAGGUGCACUUCGAGGGGUACCAGGUGUCCAAUCAGUGCAUGGCGCUGGUCCGCGACGAGUGCCUGCUGCCCUGCAAGGACGCCCCCGAGCUCGGCUACGCCAAGGAGUCCAGCAGCGAGCAGUACGUGCCCGACGUGUUCUAUAAGGACAUAGACAAGUUCGGCAAUGAGAUCACCCAGCUGGCCCGGCCCCUGCCCGUGGAGUAUCUGAUCAUAGACAUCACAACAACCUUCCCCAAGGACCCAGUUCAUACUUUCUCCAUUUCACAAAGUCCGUUUCCUAUUGAAAACCGGGACGUCCUGGGUGAGACACAGGACUUCCACAGUUUGGCCACCUAUCUGUCCCAGAAUACCUCAUCCGUGUUCCUGGACACCAUCUCGGAUUUCCACCUCCUGCUGUUUCUGGUCACCAAUGAGGUCAUGCCCCUGCAGGACAGCAUCAGCUUGCUGCUGGAGGCCGUGAGGACUGGGAACGAGGAGCUUGCCCAGACGUGGAAGAAGUCUGAGCAGUGGGCCACCAUCGAGCAGCUGUGCAGCACCGUUGGAGUGCAGCUUCCGGGCCUCCAGGAGUACGGAGCUGUCGGGGGCUCCACGCACACCGCCACGGCGGCCGUGUGGGCAUGUCAGCACUGCACCUUCAUGAACCAGCCGGGCACCGGCCACUGCGAGAUGUGUAGCCUCCCGAGGACCUAGGGGCCCGCCCAGCCCUCCCUGAAGCUGGGGUCAUUGUCACCACGGCCCCAUGCUGGGCAGCCCUGGAGGGCGGGGCAGGGUGGCUGCCCUCGGGUCACUGGCCCACAAAGCUUCUCAGCACCAGGCUGACCUGGAGGGAGAGCCAGGCUGGUGCUCUGCGGGCGCACAUCAGCCUCCUAAUGGGGCGGCAUACGGUCCCCCCGCACGCCUGGGGCCAGCCUCCGAGGUGCUGGAAGGACCUGGGCACCCCGGAGCCAUCUCCCGGGGUGGGGGGCAGAGAGGGCUGACUGCCGCCAUCCGCUUUCUCUUCCCUUUCUCUUGGUUCUUGUUCUUCCCCUUCCCGUGGUUGUGGGUGGGAGCAUCGGCGUACCCUGUUGCUCUGGGCAGACCCUGCCUGUGAGGGCCGCCUUUUCCCCUGCCAGUGGCCAUCAUCUGGCGGAAUCACAGUGGGCCCAGGGUUGCUGGCCUCCCUUCUGCUUGACCUGCAGGUUAAUUUGCUGCCCGCCCUCCUCCUUGCUCUCACCCGACAUCUAGGUGGGAUUUUUCAAGUCUGCGUUGGUUGUAAUAACAGUUAUCAGUAACUUCUGCC